AUGUUGCGCCCCGCUAUGCUCUCGGACUGUCUAUUCGGACCAGCUAUUGCGGACCAUAUCAUCGGCAUCAGCGCGCUUUUCAGACCAGCUAUUGCGGACCAUGUCGUCGGCAUCGGCGCGCUUUUCAGACCAGCUAUUGCGGACCAUGUCGUCGGCAUCAGCGCGCUUUUCGGACCAGCUAUUGCGGACCAUGUCGUCGGCAUCAGCGCGCUUUUCAGACCAGCUAUUACGGACCAUGUCGUCGGCGUCGGCGCGCUUUUCAGACCAGCUAUUACGGACCAGGUCAUCGGCAUCCGUUGUCGCUUGACAGAAGUUAGUCAAUGA